CUGGUACUGAGAUGAAAAUGGCGGAGGGCUGUGUUGUUGGAGGAGGAAGGGUUAUAGGUACAAAUGUCGAGAAAAACAAACACAAUAGAGAUCUGUUGUUACACCCCGAGCUCCUUUCCCGCGAUUUUAUUCUGCUUACAUUACUGGAGAAAAAGAUUCCUGUUGACAAUGAGAAGUAUGCAGACAAAGAUAGACUCACAGACCUGUACCUUCAGCACAUCAUUCCCUUGCCUCAGAGAGACCUGCCAAACAGCAGAUGGGGAAAACGGAUGGAAAAGAAGAGAGCAUCCCAAUCUGCAGCUAAUGCACAAAGACUUAGUUCUGGUGCUGAUGGUUCAAGAAAAAGACCAAUAUUGUUUGAUGGCAGCUCAACAAGUACCAGCAUAAAACUGAAAAAGAUCGAGGCAGGAGCCACAGAUCGCUUAAAGCCCCCUCCAUCUGGGAACCUAGCCAACACCAUCCGCAGACUUUCAAACACUUCCACCAACUGCUCCUCUGAUGGUUCCCUGAGCAGUGCUUCCAAUAACUCCAUUAAGCACCUUCCUGAGAUGGUGGUCAAACAGGACAGAGCCACUACCAGUUACCAGAACCCGAAUGGGAAUGUCAAAUCGACACCCGCCUCUGUGACCGAGGCAUCUACAGGAGGAACAGCAAGUAUGAAAUUAAAAAGAGCGGCGCCGAAAGGAGGAGACCCUGAAGUGGCGGGAGAAUUUAAAUCAUCAGAGACUAAGAAGAAAAUUCAGCAUGUUACCUGGCCGUGAAUUUGUUGACCUCUUCCAAAGUAACAUCUACAACUCUGCCUUAGCAGUCCCUGUCCACCUGGAGUAGUGGAGAUCAAUGAAUUUAGCAGGCUUUGGGCAUAAUGUCUACAAGGACGAAGUGGUACAGAAUACUACCUUCAAGAGAUUGUGACAACUAUCAUCUUGAAAAUGCUGAACCGGAUAUUCAAGAAUUGCGAUCUCUUUUUUUCCCGAAUGUCUUUACAUUUAAUUGGUCUAAUAAGCAGAUUGCAUAUUGUUGUGUGUGUGUGUGUGUUUUUUUUAAUAUAGACCUUUUCCAUGAGAUUUCAAACAGUAAAAUUCCUUGCCUUUUGGCUUAGAACAAACUACGAAAGUGUGUGUUAAUCUGAGACAGAAAUUGAGUUUAAAAAAAAAAAAAAAAAAAAAAACCACCCACACACACACAAACUGCUUUUGAAGGUCAGCGAUGUUGUGAACAGCGAUUUUCUUGUUGUUGUAAGUGAGCUUAUAAGUUUUCCACUGCCUCUGUCUUUCCUCGUGCCUGGCUUUAUAUGCAACUGAAUUCCUUCUGUCCUGUUAAAUUUACGAUUUUAGAUAUAUAAUAAAAUGUGCAUUGCUCAGUUUCCUUCAGUACCAUUCAGUUGGUAGCAGCAUGUGUAAAUGACACAUACCGGUGGUCCAUCAAUUAAUAGAGGGAAUCGUAUCUUACAGGAUCAGUUAUUCUAGGUUCUACUGUACCCGAUUUAUUUAUUUAAAUAAACCCAAAGUCUGAAAACAGCUGAAAUAUUUGGUUAUUAAUAGCUGCCUUUUGAAAGUUUAUAUUUUAUGUUUUAAUAAAGCUCACCUGAUACUUUUCAACAGCAUAGAGUGUGUUUUAGUAUUGGUAGAAUUGUUUUUUUAUCAAUUAUUUACUUACAUAUAAUGAACAAAUUGAAGCAUAAAAUACCAGGUUAGUCCUUAAAAGUGCACUCUACUUAAAGUUUCCUCUCUUUUAUAUUGAAAAAAGAAAAUCUGGCUCAUAACUGCAGGUCAAUUUAAAUGCAGGUUUUACAUUACACAGCAAGGGCUUGAGACAGUUGAAGCUCAACCACCUUGAGAAAACAAUGUCUGAAAGAUUUCUGUCAAUUCAUAGUGGGGUCAUAAAGAAUCUACAGCUAUGGCCAAAAGGUUUGCAUCACCCAUUAGAAUUAACUAAUUGUGUUUCAUAGUCGAAUGAAGCCUGCUGAAUAAUGUCAUACCCAUUUGUAAUCUUUGUAAUUUUCCAUAUACUUUUGUGACAUUUUGAAAUCUAACAUGAAAUACUGUUCUACUAUUAUAGCUUCCUGUAGACGUUUGCAAUAUCACUUUGUAGUUUCUUUGAUUACAUGAUAUUAAAUAAGAUCUAAAUUAUGUUCAUAUAGUUUUUGUCUUUUUAUUAUUAUAUCUCAAUCCUAAAAUUCUAGGUGAUGCUUAACUUUUGGCCAUCGCUGUAGUUUGACAAAAUAGUCUUUGCACCUGAAUUAUUAUUUUUUUUGUAUUUAUUUUAGGAAUUCAAGUGAAACACCACAAGAAAACAGUGCUAAAAAUUAAAAAUGUUAAUUUUCAAUUGUGAUGGCAUUUACCUAAAUGGUCUGGCAGAUACUUUCUAGUUUUUAUUAAAAACAAUGUAAAAAAUGUAAAAUAUACUACAUUCUUUAUAUUUUAUCCAGGUGCACUGCUGUAGCUAAUUGACCUUUAAAUGGUAAGGUCUGUAAUCAGUGUUUUAAUUCGCCUCACAGUUGUUUUAAGAUUGUAAUCAUGUACAUUACUUUUUUUAGGUGCACUACAUCCUAUCAUACUUCGUUUCUUUUGUUUUUUUUCAUAGACAACAGGUAGAUUGAAGUAAUUUUCUUUAUGGAAUGUGUGACCUGUCCAUAAAAUAAAACACUUUUUGAAUCCA